AUGGAUUUUGGUGUGUCAAAAAUGCGUGGGCGCCUCGGCAGUGGCGGCUCUCCUGUCCUCAAUAUGAGCGUGCAAGAAGCGUACGAAGAUUCACAAGAGGUGGACUUGACUGGUGCCUCUAACGGUAGUAGCAAGCUGCUACUGCCGAUGGUUUCGUCACGAUGCAGAGGCAUGAAAGAUGACGACGAUGACGACGAUGAUAAUGACAAACAGGGAAAACACCGGAGACGACGUCACGUUGCCAACUGGCUAAAAGCUAUACAGUCUCGUCUGAUUCGAGUGUCCAAUGGUAUACAAUGGAUACGUUUGGUGUUACUGGGGAUACUGGUGCUGGUGGUGAUUGGCGGCUUGAUGCUGUUCGUGCUAGAGGUAGCGGGUCGUAUGAGGUUUCGUGGAUACUUUGUCGCUCAACGGAAUCAUAAUGGACAACUGGGAUUUUAUCAUGAAAUGAAUGUGAGUAUGCAGACGCUGAAAGACAUAAGUGAAAGACCAGAAGGAAAGUUGUUCCCGGCAUCAGCGUCGGACCCGAGAAGAGUGAAGGCGUGGGUGGUUAAGCGUAGAAAACGCACUAAUGGGCGCAAGUUACUCGUAGGCUGUACGUCCCAUUGGAAAGGCUACGUGCUGCGCUCGUUUCUUUCACUCUUUGAGGAGCUCAAGACUACACAUGGGUGGGAAGAUCUCGAUACAUCCAGGAACCCGAUGCAGGGAAUCUACGACAUGGACCGGAAGCAAGCUCCAAGCGUCAUGCUCUUCUGUUUAAACUCAUUUUACUAUCCGAUGGCAAUGCUGCAAGAGUACAGUGCGUACUUCCACGAGCUGCGCGCGUCGGGCACGAUAAUGAUGGUGUGGAAUGAUGACUUGCAUUAUUAUGACCAGUUUGAUCCUAUUGUAUUGCGUGACGAGAUUUUGAGCAAGGUGGACGUUUUACUCGGAACGUACACGUACUUUAUGGAUGACUAUUUUGCCAAGGUUACUGAAUUGAUGAAUGAGCGCGACUUGCCCCUCACGGUCUGGUUGCCACAUUCAUCGGGCCCGGAUUUUGUAAACGCUUCGUUCAACGAGUACCCGAUCAACAAGAUUAUCCUUUCAGGUAAGCUUGGUUUAAACUGGUACCCGCUGCGUCAUUGGCUGGGCGUUUACCAGCAAAACCAUCAAGAUAUCAUGGACGUGUAUCACCACAGGGGUUAUUACGUAGCAGAGAACCAGUCUGUCAUUUAUGCGUCCUAUCUGCGCUCAUACCGCACAGGUAUCACUACGACAUUAAUUUUCCAGUACGUCAUCGCCAAGAUUUUUGAGAUUCCUUCGACAGGUGCGCUGCUAGCGGUAAAUCUUGACGUAGCACCGCUACUUGCCGCGCUGGGAAUGAAAGAGGGCGAGCACUAUGUGGGUUUCGAUCGGCAGGAUCCAGAGGCAAUUAUCUGGUGGGCCAAUAACCCUCGUAACUGGCCCAAGAUCGACCGGAUCCGUCGCGCUGGAAUGGAACUUGUCCGGAAGCAGCAUCUUGUGACGAACCGCGUUAAAGCUUUGGACCUGUUUGUGACGGAAGGUGAGGCCGUGUAUCAAUACCCAUCGACACUGCGUCUUACAAGUCCAUGUCCGUCCAAGGCGCUUGUAGACGCGUACAAAUGCCAGACUCGAUUCAAUCGUGAAUCGUUUUACAAAUGUGAUCGGUGGUUUUGUGGCGUGCACUCACUUCUGUCGCUUUGA